CAGUUGGCAAGAAAUUGAUUUUUAAAUUAGACCAACAAUUUCAAAUUUACUAAAAUCUUGUUAUUGUUUAAAUCAAACAUUUGCGAAUCUUUUUCAUUGCUAUUCUCGCCAGAUUGGGUACGAUUAAUGAGAUCUACAAGUAUCACCUCUGAACUACAAAGACAAAAUUCCAGGGUGGAAACCUGGAAAGCUACUCUCACGUCGUACAUCAUCACAUUUUGGGGGUUGAAAUAGGCGAAUAACGCAAGAGGAAUAAUCAAAUAAAAGGAAUCGAGAAAAAUUCCAAACGGAUACGAAACAAAAUGAUCUUUGCAUUUGGAAGAGAGUCCAGAGGGAAACUGUUGUACGUCCAGUACGUGGACCAGAAUUUUAAAAAAGUGCACGAGAUACAUGACGCCCUCCUCAAAAAUUUCAUCUUGGACGUGAAAUUAUCCGACCCUUAUUUUACGUACUACGCGUCGACAACCAGAGAUUCAAGUAUCGACAUUUUGAAAUCAGCGCUUUCUGAUGAAAUUGUCAAUGUUGAGGUUUACACCUGUCCUAUGAAGGGCUACCCAAAAUGGAUACUUCACGCUUACGCAGUUUUUCAAACCAAAAACAAAGAAAACGAGGUGAUGUGGUGGUCAUUCGAUAAGAACGGACACCACAUUGUUCUUCAACAAUCUCGAAAAGAAGAGGAUGUCAUCAAAAAGAUGUAUGAUGAAAAAGAGAAAACUAUUGAGCGGCCCAAGCCAUUCAACAAAGAGAAGACUGCCGAAGCCAACAGAUCACUUGAAUCUUUACUGAGAAUCAUAUAUGAUACUUACCAAUUGGGAGAAUUUUACCAUUUAUUUCUGUCAAAUUGCUGGAAUUUCGCCUCGUUCGUCUUCAAACACACAAACAACCAAAGGAAAAAGUGGAAACCUCCCAUCUCACCCAAAUUACUCAAAUGUUUAAAUAUUACAUUAGCGCCAGUUAUUGAACAGCACGGACAUAAUGAGACUUCCAUUCAGAAAAGUAGAAACCAACAAGGAUUUCUCCGUCUAGCUCUACUGGAAAAGAUGGAAUUAGAAGAGUUUCAACGUCUUACAAGAACAAUCCAAUCCAUCAACGAGAUGGACGACCAAGGCUACACUCUGUUGGAAUGGGCAGAAGCUUUUUCCAGAGACGACAUAAAAAACUACUUGGUCAGGGAGAAAGGUGUUCAAUCCACUAGUGCAAAGCCAAACAAUGUCUUUUUCAUAGCUCUAGAGUAUGUUCAAUCAAACGACUUCUCUGUCAAACCUUCAGACAAGAUUCAUUUCAAUGGCGUCAACAAUAUUACGAAUGACACGGCGUUGCAUCUAGCGAUGCGUGGAGGAAAAUGGGAAAUAGUAAAAGAAAUCUUUGAUAAACAAAAAUCUAACAUCAAUUCAAUCAAUUCUUCUAAAGAAACUCCUCUGCACCUAGCUGCUCAACUGCAAAAAUGUAACAUUGAUCUUUUUCAAAAAAUUUUAAAAGAAGCCAAUACCGAUAUAAUCAAUAAGGUCGACGCAAAAGGAUACGAGCCACUUCACUGGGCCAUUCACGCACGUUCACUGGAUAAAACUAAAGAAUUGCUAAAAAAAGGAGCCAAAGUCUAUUGGCCCAUUAACUGCAACGGGCUUUUACCACUUCAUUUAGCUGUGCAACGUUGGAGCAACAGUCCUGAUGAUAGAAUCAACGAAAUAUUCAAACUGCUUGUUGUAAAGCAUAAAGCUGACAUUCAAGCCGGAGACGGAAUAGGAAACAGUGUCCUGAAUACGGCAAUUCAAUUAAAAUCUGUGAGAUUUGCAGAACUUUUAUUGGAAAAAGGUGCCAACACCACCGCUAAGAACGGCACAAUGUCCCUUCACUUGGCAGUUCAAUGGCCGGAAUGUCCUGAACAAUUGCUGAAAAAAAUUCUGGUGAGAAUCAAACAUGAUGCUCUCCACUGUGCACUGAAAUCGCAGUCGCCAAACGCAUGUAAAAUUUUGCUGGAAGAGAAGGAAAUAGACGUCAACACUGCCACAAACGAUGGUGAAAUAGCCCUUCAUUUAGCAGCGAAAUGGCCAAACAUUGAGGAUGAACUUUUCGAGAAAAUCCUCAAAAAUACCAGCGACAUCAACAAAACGGACAACAAAGGAAGAACUCCUCUUCACAACGCAUUGAUGUUCAAAUCUGUAACAGCAACUGAACAAUUAUUGAAACAAGGAGCAACGGUCAACGCAGAUGCCCAGACACACGAUAAAUAUACAGCCCUUCAUCUCGCCGCUUUCUGGUCGGACAUUCCAUUGGAAACAGUCGAAAACAUUCUUGAAAAAGAAAAAGAUAAGAUAAACGUCAAAGAUAAUUACGAUACAACUGCCCUGCAUCGCGCAAUCGAAUCCCAAUCUGUUUUUUUUAUAGAAAAAUUGCUAGAUUCCAAUGCGGAUGCUUCUAUAGCCAGUGUUGCUGAUCUCACACCUCUUCAUCUAGCUGCCCAGUGGAAAUUGAAAUGUUCUCUAUUGCCGGAUUCGCAAAAAAAUAUAUUUCAAUUGUACGUGAAGCGGUCAGGGUACAAACUAGACGAAAGUAGCUUGACAUCAGACAUCACCCCUAGCCUGUUCAACAAAAUCCUGGAUAAAUCCAGUGGCACAAUCAAUUCAAAAACCAAGUGCGGAGAAACUGCCCUACACUUGGCAUUGUACUCACAUUCGAAAACCGCAACUGACGCGUUACUCAAACACCCGGAAUUGGAUGUAAACAUCAAGGACAUUGGAGGUCCAAUGGCCAUUCACCUAGCUGCCAGAUGGAAGGAUAUAGAUGUUGAAGCGUUCGAAUUAAUCCUUAAAAAUACUCAUAAAGACAAUUUAAAUCAACGGCAAUAUUGGAAAACUGCUCUCGACUAUGCCCAGGAGUCUGGAUCACCACCAGAGAUCAUAAACCUCUUACAAAAGGCGAUGGACCAGCAACAUGUCGUAGCUGACAGCUGCCGCGUCGAUUAGAUAUACCACUGGAUUACUUCCGCCUUGGUAUUCCUUGUCAACGUGUUGGUGGAUGUCUUAAGAAAACGAAUAUUUACAUUGAUAAACGCUGAUAAAUAACUAAAAACGACGACUCGAUGCACAGUGCACUGUACUCGUAUCAAUUGAAAACACAUUCGUUAAUAUUUUAUAAUCAUAGUAAAUCUACCCUGACUGCGCACUAUGAUAAUAUAGUCGAAAUAAUUCUUUCGCUUUCCCAAUUGUUUUCUCUCUAAAUUCUAUGCAUGUAGCUAUUAAUUACGUAAAUUUCCCAAUUGUAGCAACUCUUUCCUAUGAUACUAAUAAACAACGUUAAUCAUAUCAAAACAAAAUGUGGUCGUGGAUAUACACGUACAGAGUUGAAGCACAAAAAGGAAGUGAAUUGAAUUUUUUACACAAUUACGUCAAUUGUUUGAACACUGCGAUUCGAAAACGAAAUCAAAGGCGACACGACGAGCUGCUCUUCAUGAAAGAAACUUUUCGCAGCAAAGAUUCUUGUAGCUCUCUCAUAACUGCCUAUUCAUCAAUGUCUCUAGUGAUGACUGAACAAUUUCGCAAUGGAGAGGACAGCAGCAAAUAAAUGAUCUCUUUGCUGAACUUUGCUGAAUAAUAUUUCUUUCGACGAAAGCAACGCUGUGGCUCUUUUAUUUCGAAUAGGCGACGACGCCGACGUCAGUAAUCUCUACCAGCUAACGGGUGAUAUUACGUAUUUGUAGGACUCGAUUGUAUUCGGGUCGUGAACGAGACACGACGGAUAAAAACAACAAGAAGAAACAAGAGAGAAAGAGGACGAAUAAAAGAGAAAAGAAGGACUGCAAGAAGUGAGUCGUCUCGAAAGUUGAAAAAAGAACAACAUAGUUGAGUUGUGAAUGACGUGACGUCACUCACGCAAAAAAGUGCAGCUGUUUGCCCAAGGAAUCGUACUCGCAAUAUCGAACCGAUUCAAAAUCAAAUAAAUGGGGAAAAAGGGGAGACAAACGUGAAAGUCGACUUUUUUUUAACGACUCCCCUUGCCCCGCGCAUAGUUGUUAUGAGCGUGAGUGACGCAACCGUGAAUAAACGAUGUAGCUCCCCCCCCCAUCACAAUAUCAAACAAAAAUCAAAUUUCUUUAAAGAUCCAAUGCGAUCGAGACAGUGAGUCAUCUGAUUUCAUUUCAUCAUUCAAACCGAUGGUCAAAAAGAGAAAAAACUUUUAAAUUUUGCAUUCACUUUGUCGAGAUAAUUGCGCAUUUUAAAAAAUGAAAAUGUUGAGAGAGAAUAGAAAUAAGACGGCGGCGGUUGGGGUUUACAUUUCAUGAACACGCCCAAGGACAAACGGAGGUUCAAUCCAUUUGCACGAGACGGGACAUUUUUCUCUUUAAAGAGUCUGCUGACGCAACGUAUCGAGUCGACGUAAAUUUAAUUCUUGCAACCUGUCUACAACAGGAGAACUGUCCUUUUAAAAUAAACUAUUAGCUACGUUCAGAACGUAUAUGGUCAUCUGAAAAGAAGAGGGAAAGGAAGUGUCUCGUAAACCGGCCACAACAGA